AACUGAUCAUGGAAGGAAUGCUCAUGACUCACACCUCAAGUUGAACGAUGGGCUUUGGCAGAUUCUAUAAAUGAUUCAGAUUCAUUCAAAUCAGAAGGAAAAAGCUAAUCUACGCGAAAACAUGGAUAUUGGAUCUCAUUCCCAGGACAAUCCUUUUAUUAACAUCAGUGUGAAAGUUUAGCUGCUUCUUAGCGCCAGACUGUAUUUGUAUAGCGAUGCUUAAACGAAUAGAAAGAAGCCAGCAAUCGCCUAUCAUUUUACAUAGUUAUCAACUCUAGCGUUUAUCUCUUCAAAUAUGACUUAGACUGUAAGUGCAAGAAGCUCUAGCUAAAGAGACAAUAUUUGCUACUUGGUGAGCUGGAUCCAGAUCACGUGUAGAUGUCUACUUCUAACGUGAUGCAUUGAGGGAUCUCUGGUAAAUGCAGCAGCAAUGCUAGACGAUGUCUCUUCGGCAAUUAACUAAAUGGUGCGUCAUAUGGAAAUCGUUAACGGGUUAACCUGCAAACGUUGACCUGCAUCAGUUUGCCUGCUUGAUUGUGUUUAUUUGUACUGGUUCUUGCAACUGCAAUUGCAAGCAGUCGGACGUCUUAAUUACAUGAGUACAUGUCAAUGCAAAGGAUGUCUUAAUUAUUUGACUUACUUUAAUGCUGGCAUAAUCAAAAAAUCCUCUGCUGAAUAUUAUCACAUAGAUGUUCUCUGGCUUUUUGUAAAGACUGUAUCAAGAAAACGCAGAGAAGAAUCUGAUUGACAGCUGACUUUAACGAAGAACUUUUAUUCGCGAUCAAGACAUAAAUAAGAACAUUGGUUUGACAACACGAUAAUAAACGAUGUUUUUCAGUAUCGGAACGACAGUAGCCAUUAUGGUAUGCUACAGCGUCGUUUUUAUGACGGGUGUCAUUGGAAACUUUAGCAUAUUAGUUACAAUUCUUACAUCAUCGCGCUUUAGAAAAUCACUGUCAAACAUUCUUAUCUCCGAUUUGGCUCUUGCUGACUUCUUCCUGUGCAUGAUAACGGCGCCGUACUAUAUUUCAAGCCUACUAGCUGACAACCCUCCUCAACCAGGAGCAUCUUCAUUGGAUUCCAUUUGCAAGGGCUUUGUUGUCUCAGCAUAUGCAUUGGGCUUUACAAGAAUUUUGCUGCUGGCGACAAUUUCAGUAGAAAGAUUCAUUGCUAUCAUUCAUCCGUUUUGGUAUCAAAAGUAUAGCUUUUCUUCUCCUGGUGGCAUUCAACUAGCUUGCAUUUGCUUCUAUGCUUGGUUUCACUCAUACCUCUGUACAUUUCCAGCAGCAUUCAUAGACAACUGGAUCAAAUACGAAGGCAAGCCAGCAAGGCUUUGUGCGUAUGCCUGGGAAAGUGCAAAUCUUGGUUUCGUUUUGCCUGUGUUUACUUUGAACUUCUUCAUUCCACUAUGCGUUAUUGUAUACACCAAUUGUAAGGUCUACGCUACAGCUCGGCGCCAGGGUAAACGCAUUGCUACAUCAUGCAGGAUAACUUCCCCUACAGAAUUCAGGCCUACAACUCGUGAGCCAAGUAAACGAAAGUAUGGACGGCAAGAGUUUUUAUCCCCAUUGCCUGUCACUAACACCAAUGACAACCUGUUUUUAGUAAAAGGCAAGUCGCAAGCAAUCCUUAGAAGUUCUACAAUCGGGAGUCAGAAUAGAAAGGGGUCUAGCUCACCGCACAGUGAUAUUGACUCUGCGUAUAGUGAGCAAGAAGAACUUCGUUUUGAGAAUCAAGUCUCACUCAAGAUGCCCUUCCUUGACGCCGAGCAGCUUCAGAAAGAUGCAGCCCCGAAUACAGCUUUCAGAAAGAUUUCUUUUCAAAGGGUCAAUGAAAGUGCAGAGGAUAACGAGAUUUCAAAUUCUGUGAUUUCAAACCCAACAACCUUCCAACGAACGACGAAAACAUCUGUUUACUCUAAGCUUGACGAUUCUGGUUUCAAAGAUUUAAGAAAAUUCUCUUGCUACUCAGAAGUUAAUUCACAAGUUAGUGAAAAGAAAAGUGUGCAAAUCAAAGUUUCUGAGAUGAAUGACUUCAAACCGAAGUCGUCAAAGAUUCGUCGGUUCCCACUUUUACAACCUAGGCAGGCUAGUCCUUAUAAACGAAACUCCAAAUUUCAUGGUAGAACUAAGGACUACGUUAUAUUCUUCUCUACACUGAGUGUGGUGACAUUGUUUCUCUUAACAUGGCUACCAUUUGCAAUUACGACGAUCAGUGUCUUGAUUACAGGGACUGUACUCCCAGAAAAAGCCGACAUUUUUAUAUCAAUGAUGACUGUAAUCGAUUCUGCAUUUACUCCAGUGAUAGUCUUUGGAACAAGACGUGAGUUCCGCAAAGCUCUGGUUAAGCGACUGUUUAAACGGUCACUUAGUCACAGCUGAUUGGUUAAUCAAGUUCAAAGAUCUUUUUAUCUGCAAAGGACGCUGUUGCUCCAAAGUUGUUUUCGUUCCAUUGAUCUCGUUUCAACGAGGAUCUUAAGAAUUUUACGGGAGUGGAUGAAAUAAUUUCUUUGAUCACAUUCUUGAUAAAGGCAACUAUAUAAAAGUUUUCACAAAAUUUCAAGAAUCAAGAGUGAUUCUUCAAAAUUUCAGAUGUUUCUUCAUUAAGGUCGGUCACGUAGUUUUAAUUUUAACAAUUCCGUUGCUAACUUUUCUUUUCUGCUGGUCGACGUUUAAUUCAAAUAACACAAUGAAAAGUCAAUUAAAGUAUGAAACGGAUGCAAUUUCAUCUUCGAUUUUCUCAAAGACAGAUAUUACCUGAAAUGAUAUUUGAAGGAUAGUUUCAUUUCAUAGAAAAAAUACCAGAUUAUUUUUAAAACUGUAUAUUGUGUAUCAUUUGUGUAAUUUGUGUGUAAAAAAUGAAAGGGAAUGUGUAAUAUGCCAUAAAACUGUACAUAUUUCGUAUAACAAGAAACUUUGCUUAUGUUUUGCUUAGACGUGUUUGAUAAUUUUCGACAAUGGAAUGUCAAUUCCUGUUAUCUUAUAAUUUACCAUUCAUUCAUUGCAAUUUCAUUUAGGAUAUUAAAUGUUCUUGCUUUGUUUAACAAACCGAAAUAAAAUAAACGUGAAAGAAGUUCAAGCAUUCUAAUACACGUGGAUUAGUGUUUUGACUAUUUUAAAAGAACAGUUUCAUAACCAAUUAAUUAUUCCUAUAGCAUGACAAAAUAACCAAUGAUAAUUAAUAUUUGCUCAAAAUGAAUUUUCUUUCAAUUCUUAGACCCCACAAGGAUAUUCAAAGGACAAAUAUGUCUUUUAGUUGUUAAAAAGUCAUUUCAGUGACGUGUAUGACGAUCAAUCAUGCAUUAUGGAUUGCUGUGUUUGACGCAAAAGAACCAGGAAGUAAAUAUACCACAAUAUCAGCUGGUUUUAUGUGCAGGAAAAGAACGAUAAAUAUGACGUCAUUGGUCUUUUGUUGUUUACAAACGACAGUGGCGAAAAUAAAGUUUUCAAGUGAAUUGGAAGUCAAUGAGGAAACGUUCUAGUAUUCUGACUUUAGACGUAAUUUCCUCCGAAUGAGUAACAAAUUAAAAAAAAUCAACAUUAGCAAGAUGAGCUAAACAACAACCAAGUAAAAGUUGACAACUCAACAAAAUUUUCAGUGUAUUUGCCCUACACUAUCAAAACGUCCCUCAUUAGGAAAGCAGUUCAACGGAGCUGGUCUUCUUGAAAUUAGUUUAGUUUUUAUUGUAAAUAUUUUCAAGGUCCUAGAGACUGUCUGUGCGUCAAUCUUAGUCGUUGUAUUGUUUGAUUUUGAUGAAAAAGUAUUCGCUGGUCUUGUACCAUGCUUGCACAUAUGUAAUCAUCUGUAAAUUUGUAUUUACUGUUCAACUUCGUUUAAGCAAUGUUGACUGCGUUCACAUUAAUCCAGUCGCAUAAAUGUUCUUAUAAUAUACCAUAGUCUAUUUCAAUGAAAUUGUCAUCGUUUCAUGAAAAAAUCUUUGCAUUCUGAUCUCUUUAGGAUAUAUUGCUAAUUGGUAAUUCACUAUUUGCAGUUUUUUUGUCCUAGUUUCAAGACAAGCCACUCUGAUCUAGCCUUUUCUUGAAACUUUUUAAUAAAAAAUUGAUGCUAUCGUAGAUCUAUGAAACGUUUUGGCUGACAUGGAAGAUCCAUAACCUAGCCUCUUCUUCAGACGUGUCUAGCCUUUUUUACAUGAAAUUUACUGAAGAUUGCUGUUGAUCUCUAAGUCUUUGUAGCUACAAUUAAUGUCUGCAAAUGCCGUGCAUCACUAUACGAAUUCAAAUAUAUUGCAAACACAGCCAUACGAUUAAACCUUCUUCUGAAAAUACGAUUGACAAUAGCAAACAAUUUCUACUUUCUCUUUGCAUUGCUAAUAAAAUUUUGUGAUUUUAGGAUAGCACCUGGUGAUAUUUACUUAACUCUCGGUUUCGCAAGCAUCAAUUUGCUCAUUCUUGCCAGCAUAUUUUCACAAAGCUAACAUCUGUAACGGAAACUCGAUCGCAUGGGCAGCCUAAUUUUCAGUUCUAUUACCUGCAUUACUCUUUGUUUCCUUAACAGUUUGGUAACAUAAACUAACACAUAUUAUUAUUCAUUUCGAGCAAUGAUCCCUUUUAUUUGCUUUAAUCGAUUGAAAUUUAUUUUGUAAUAGCUAUUAAAAAGCGUCCAACUCACAAAACACAGAUCAGAAUCACAAAUCAACUGUGGCGAAGAUGGUGCUUAUUUCACGUUCAAAAGCAUAGAUCUUUGUGUUAUUUGUUAUUGCUUCCAAUUUCAGCUAAAGGAGUUCAAUUUCAGCAAUAACCAGUUGCCUUUCACGAAAUUCCCUUUGCCAUCCAUAAUAAAAAAUAUAAAGUUUGAAAGUGAAAAUAUAGAUGUACCUUUUGAAGUAUACCAGGUUAAAAUUCAAAGUGUAAACUUCAUUUUAAUCCUAAUCGAUAUUUGGUAAUUUUGUAGACAGACCAGUAAAUUACGCAAAAUAUAUUUACAGCAAAAUCAAUGUACCCUGUACUUAUCUUAAAAGUUUUUUAUCUAAAAAUUGUUUUGUAUGUGAAAUGUUUGUGAUUUAUUUUAUUUAUGUUUAUCAAGGCAAAUUUUUAAGCAUCCGAGCUUUUCCGAAGACACUGCACAAUUAAAAAAGGGGUUGUGGAGCUAAUUUCAUAUUUUUCCGAAAAAAAAUGGUCAAUAAAAUUUCAUAGAGCUUAGUUCAGCUUUUCUUCACUGUUUUUAGUUAUAGCGCACAAAAUGCGAAAAAACAGCUUUUAAAUAAACACAUACAGCUAUUUGUUUCCUUGGCUAGUAGAAAGGAACCUUUUUUGAAAUAACAAUCUUUCCAACCACGAGAAUGAAUGAGAAGUACCCUCGCUUGCUCCUUUAUAAGUAAAUCACAGUAUGUUUACAAUAAAACGUCAAGUUUUAGCCAUAGAAUCGUGAAAAUUUUGUUGGUAUAAGCAAUAUAAACAUUCUUUACUGAAUUAAUUCCUUUUGACUUUCAUUUUAUAUUGAUUUCAUAACAUUCUGAUUUUAUCGAUGAAAUAUUCUUAUGCUGUGACUCGACUCUACAAUUCCUUAAAGCUGAUGGAUUAAAAAACAGUCAAAUGAGAAAGGAUCGAGA